CUCUUCUGUUCUAUCCAUCAACUCGAUUAAAAAUGGUAACCAUCUCGAGUCUGUUCAAGAUUCUAAGUUGCACGGACCACGUUGACUAUGCUAUAAUAGUGAUCGCUCUAUCCUCUGUUUUAUGCUAUAUCUGGCUUUACGCCAAGUCCAAACGGCAGCCCCAUCCCUUGCCUCCGGGACCUUGGGGUCUUCCAAUAAUCGGAAACCUGCUGUUCCUCAAACCAGAGCUUCACACCUACUUCCAAGGUCUGGCUAAAGAGCACGGUCCCAUUUUCAAACUCUGGCUCGGCUCCAAACUGGCGAUUGUGGUUAGCUCCUCUGAGGUGGCCCGUGAGAUUCUACGAACCAACGACGUCAUUUUCGCUAACCACGAUGUUCCUGCCGUGGCUCUGAUAAACACGUACGGUGGUAUUGACAUAGCCUGGUCACCAUAUGGACCAAGGUGGCGGAUGCUGAGGAAACUAUGUGUUAAUAAGAUACUGAGCAACGUCAGGUUGGAUUCAUCUGUUGGCCUACGUCGCGGAGAGACCAGGAGAACAGUUAGGUAUUUGGCGGAUCAGGCUCGAGCAGGAUCGCAGGUUAACUUGGGAGAACAAAUAUUCGUGAUGAUACUAAAUGUUGUAACGCAGAUGUUGUGGGGCGCUACGGUUGAAGAAGAAGAGAGGGAGAUUGUUGGAGCCGAGUUCUUAGAAUUAGUUCAAGAGAUGAAUGACCUCCUGAUGGUGCCCAAUAUAUCUGACUUUUUCCCGGCAUUGACCCGGUUUGAUCUUCAGGGCUUGGCUAAGCGUAUGCGAGGACUGGCUCAGAGGUUGGACCGGCUGUUUGACCGGGUCAUUAAUCAACGGCUGGGGAUGGAUAAGGGAACUCAAGGGAAGGGUGAAGAUUUUCUACAGGUCUUACUAAAAAUCAAGGAUGAAGAAGGGCAGACAAAUUUGAACAUGAAUGAUGUGAAGGCGUUGCUCAUGAACAUGGUGCUCGGUGGUACAGAUUCAUCGUUACAUGUCAUAGAGUUCGCAAUGGCCGAGCUAAUAAACAAACCGGAUAUCAUGAAGAGAGCUCAACAAGAACUUGACGAAGUUGUGGGAAAAGAUAAAAUAGUGGAGGAGUCUCACAUCCCUAAACUUCCAUACAUUCUUGCCAUUAUGAAAGAAACUCUGAGGCUUCACAUGGUUGCACCACUCCUUAUUCCUCACCGCCCAUCCCAAACCACCGUAGUGGGCGGCUUCACUAUCCCUAAAGAUUCAAAGGUCUUCAUUAAUGUGUGGGCAAUCCAUAGGAAUCCAAAUGUAUGGGAGAACCCACUUGAAUUUGAUCCCAACCGGUUUCUUGAUAAAUCUUAUGACUUCAACGGAAAUGAUUUCAACUAUAUUCCGUUUGGAGCUGGUCGUAGAAUAUGCGUGGGAAUGGCGAUGGGGGAGAGAAUUGUUCUCUAUAAUAUCGCUACGCUUUUGCAUUCUUUUGACUGGAAACUUCCUCAAGGAGAGAGAAUGGAGGUCGAGGAGAAGUUUGGGAUCGCGUUGAAGCUGAAGAAUCCACUUCUUACGACCCCAGUGCUAAGGUUGUCCGAUCCAAAUCUUUAUCUUUAAUCUAACCGUCAGAUAAUGGAAAAUUGAAUUUUCUGAUGCGGGAUGUUCUAUGAUUUAAUAAAGCUGAACAUGUUAUAGGGCGUUCGCAUGCUUGCAAAGUUUGAUUUAGUACUCUAUUUCGUGUUCCAAGUCCUACAUAUCUUCUGUGUUUCUGUUUCCUUUUUACAUAUUGGGGUUUGUGCUUUGUAAA